AUGGGGUCACUCAGGGCCCUGGCUUCCCUCUUAGUCCUACACCUGCUGCAGGGCUCGAACGCGUCCCUCGUGCAGCUGAAGGACAAUGGCUAUGAGGACGUCAUCAUUGCUAUAGAUCCUGAUGUGCCAGAAGAUGCAGAAAUAAUUGAACAAAUAAAGGUGAUGGUGACCACAGCCUCUACUUACCUGUUUGAAGCCACAGAAAAAAGAUUUUUUUUCAAAAAUGUGUCCAUAUUGAUUCCUGAGACUUGGGGAGGAAAUUCUCAAUACAAAAGGCCAAAAUAUGAGAGCUACCAACACGCUGAUGUAAUAAUUGCACCGCCAACCCUCCAGGGCAGAGAUGAACCUUAUACAAGACAGUUCACAGAGUGUGGAGAAAAAGCACAAUACAUUCACUUCACCCCUGAUGUUGUUCUGGGCAAGAAACAAGAUGAAUAUGGGGCAACAGGGAGGCUGCUCGUCCACGAGUGGGCCCACCUCCGCUGGGGGGUGUUUGAUGAGUACAAUGAAGAUGAGCCUUUCUACGGCGCCAAGUCAAAGAAAAUUGAAGCCACAAGGUGUUCUGCAGGUAUCUCUGGGACAAACAGCAUUUAUACAUGUCAAGGAGGUAGCUGUGUAACUAGAAGAUGCAGAAUUGAUUCUACCACAAAACUAUAUGAAAAAAAUUGUCAGUUCUUCCCUGAUAAAGAUCAAACAGAAAAAGCUUCCAUAAUGUUUAUGCAAAGUAUUAAUUCUGUUGUUGAAUUCUGCAAUGAAAAAAAUCAUAACCAAGAAGCUCCAAGUCUACAAAACCUAAAGUGCAAUUACAGAAGCACAUGGGAGGUAAUCAGAGAGUCGGAGGACUAUAAAAACACCACGGUGAUGGAGGAAACACCUCCUGCACCUACCUUCUCCUUGCUGAGGAUCAGUGACAGAAUUGUGUGCCUUGUUCUUGAUAAGUCUGGAAGCAUGGGUAAUGAUAAUCGCCUCAACCGAAUGAAUCAAGCAGCAAAACACUUCCUGCUGCAGACUGUGGAGAAUGGCUCCUGGGUAGGAAUGGUUCAAUUUGAUAGUGUUGCAAGCAUUACAAGUGAGUUAAUACAGAUAAGAAACAACAGCGAAAGAGACACGCUCCUGAAGAACUUGCCUACGGUAGCUCUGGGAGGAACUUCCAUCUGCGCUGGGAUUAGAACUGCAUUUCAGGUCAUUACAAACAAAAACUUUGACUUAGAUGGGUCUGAAAUAGUGCUGCUGACUGAUGGGGAAGACAAUACAGCAAGCAGCUGUAUUGGUGAAGUACGAGAAAGCGGGGCCAUCAUUCAUUUCAUUGCUCUGGGACCAACAGCUGAUGCAGCAGUAAAAGAGAUGGCAACUAUAACAGGAGGAAAAGCUUACUAUUCUUCAGACAAAGCCCAGAACAAUGGCCUCAUCGAUGCUUUUGCAGCCCUUAUGUCAGAAAAUGCAGCUCUCAGCCAGAAGUCCCUUCAGCUUGAAAGUAAAGGAUUAGCAUUGAGCGCUGAUACCUGGAUGAAUGGUACUGUGGUAAUUGACAGCACCGUGGGAAAGGACACAUUCUUUCUCAUCACUUGGACUGCACAGACUCCCAACUUUUCUCUCUUGGAUCCCAGUGGAGCACUGAUAGAAACAUUCACCCAGGACAGUGAUUCCAGAAUGGCCUAUGUCACUAUUCCAGGAAAUGCACAGGUGGGCAUGUGGACUUACAAUCUUCAAGCCAAAGCAGACUCAGAAAUACUGACUAUGACAGUAACUUCACGGGCAGCAAACUCCUCUGUGCCUCCGAUCACAGUGAGCGCUAAAAUGAAUAAAGACACAAACACCUUCCCCAGCCCCAUGAUUGUGUAUGCAGAAGUUCAACAAGGGUAUGUGCCUAUUCUUGGAGUCAGUGUGACUGCUAUCAUUGAAUCGAGCAGUGGAAACACACACAAUUUGGACCUGCUGGACAAUGGUGCAGGUGCCGAUGCUUUCAAAGAUGAUGGGGUCUACUCCAGGUAUUUUACAAGUUUUACAGAAGAUGGCAGAUACAGCUUAAAAGUGCGAGUUAAUGGAGGAGAAAACUCUACCAGACGCAGCUCACCACUGAAUAGGGCUGCAUUUGUACCAGGCUGGGUUGAGAAUGGAGAAAUUAAAGGAAACCCAAGACCAGAAACUAAUGAGACUACUCAGACAUUUGGGGAGAGUUUCAGCAGAACAGCAUCUGGAGGUGCAUUUGUGCUAUCAGGAUUCCAAGCACAGUCUGGUGAUAUGUAUCCACCAAGUCAAAUCACUGACCUUGAUGGCACAUUUGACAGUGACAACAUCACCUUAAGGUGGACAGCACCGGGAGAGGAUCUUGAUUCUGGAAAAGCUCAACAAUAUAUCAUAAGAAUAAAUGAAAGUAUGCUCGACCUGAGAGACCAUUUUGACGAUUCUCUUCAAAUUGAUGCUACUGACCUGGUGCCACAGGAGGCCAACUCCAAGGAAAUCUUUACAUUUAAACCAGAAAAUAUCUCAGAAAAUGCAACCCAUAUAUUCAUUGCCAUUCAAAGUAUAGAUCAAAGUGAUUUGAAAUCACAAGUAUCCAACAUUGCACAAAUAGCUUUGUUUACCCCUGAAAAUGAAAAUGAAAAUGAAACUCAGUCUACUCCUACUGAAACUACUACUACUACUAAUACUACUACUACUACUAUUAUUACUACUCCUGAUGGAGGUUAUAGUCCUGGAGUGAAUUCUUUUGCCAUGGUCUUAUCCGUGGUGGGGUCUGUUGCAAUUGUUAAUAUUGUAGUAUCACUAUUUGUAUCUUAG